UGUGGGCAUGGAGCGUCGGUUGGGUGCUGUGAAUGGGCGUCUUACCAUCGUUCCACAUGCAAUACCCUGCCCUUACAACAUGCACAGUGGACACAAAGCAUGGAUUAUGCUAUCCAAUUAGGACCACUGAGGCUGAUGCUGUCACUAGCCUGUAUCUGCUUUGAAAUGCGUUUGAUUGUUUUACAAAGAAAACAUGACAUUUUCUAACUUAAAAAAGAAACGUAAGUAGAAACAUUUCAACUUCAAGUUGUCUUUCAACAAGAACAACGGCCUUGUAAAAUAUAAAGAUAAAAAGGAAAAUACAGUCGGAGAUGUAGUGUCAGAAAUAUUUCUCAACGAGGACCAGAAAAUACUUCCACCUGGAUGCGUGGACCCUCUAUCAGGGGCUUCAGCGGCACGGACCCUUUCUAGUGUAGGCUAAUUUAAAUGUAUCCAUGAAGAAGACGGAGCUUUCAAUGCAACAUUUAAAUCGGAAGACAUCCGCCACCUCUGCGACUCGACCGGGGCUGCACGGACAAUGUGCAGCGGAUGUUUUAUCAUAAACAAGACGUGUGUUUACGAUGAUGAGACCACGGACACCGACAGAUCCAGAGGUGACUAUGAGCCCGCAACGUCGAUCCUCGAGUUCCAAUGGAGACAGGUCAUCGUCCACUGAGACCCUGCAGAAGAACAACAGCAGCAACACUGGAGUUAUUCUGGACAUCUCAGCCCUGAAGAUGGCGGAAGUGGAUUCUGAGGUCCCCCCUCUACGGCCCCGCUACCGCUUCAGGGACCUGCUGCUGGGGGACCAGUCAUUUCAGAAUGACGACAGGGUGCAGGUGGAGUUCUAUGUGAAUGAAAACACCUUCAAGGAGAGGCUCAAGCUGUUCUUCAUCAAAAACCAAAGGUCAAGCCUGAGGAUCCGUCUGUUUAACUUCUCCUUGAAGCUGUUGACGUGUGCCCUUUACGUCAUCAGAGUGGCUCUGGACGACCCUGAACAGGUCACUGGAGUAUGUGUCAACUGUCAGAAUAGAACAAGCACAGCCACAGCAGAAUCCACAGAAAUCACAGACAUCAACUGGGAGUUGAUUUUCUGGGUGAACAGAAGGGUUCCUGUUUGGGCGAUACAGGUGACCGUGGCCUUAAUCAGUUUCCUGGAGGCGAUGCUCCUCACAUAUCUCAGCUACAAAGGGAACAUCUGGGAGCAGAUGUUCCAGAUCUCCUUCAUCCUGGAGAUGAUUAAUACCGUGCCAUUUAUAAUUACUAUCUUCUGGCCUCCAUUGAGAAACAUCUUCAUCCCAGUGUUUCUCAACUGCUGGUUAGCCAAGUGUGCCCUGGAGAAUAUGAUUAACGAUCUCCAUCGUGCCAUCCAGAGGACCCACUCUGCCAUGUUCAACCAGGUCCUCAUACUUAUCUGCACCCUUCUCUGUCUGGUCUUCACUGGGGCGUGUGGUAUCCAGCAUCUAGAGAGGGCCGGAAAGAACCUGACUCUGUUCAACUCUCUGUAUUUCUGCAUCGUCACCUUCUCUACGGUGGGCUAUGGUGACGUCACACCUCAUAUCUGGCCUUCUCAGCUGCUGGUGGUCAUUCUCAUCUGUGUGGCCCUCGUGGUGCUCCCGCUACAGUUUGAGGAGUUGGCCUAUCUGUGGAUGGAGCGUCAGAAGUCAGGAGGAAACUAUAGCAGACACCGGGCCCAGACAGAGAAACAUGCGGUCCUGUGCGUCAGCUCUCUGAAGAUAGACUUGCUCAUGGACUUCCUCAACGAGUUCUACGCUCAUCCUAGAUUACAGGACUACUAUGUGGUGAUCCUGUGUCCUACAGAGAUGGACAUCCAGGUGCGUCGUAUCCUCCAGAUCCCCCUGUGGUCCCAGAGGGUCAUCUAUCUCCAGGGCUCAGCACUCAAAGACACAGACCUCAUGAGGGCCAAGAUGGAUGAUGCAGAAGCCUGUUUUAUCCUGAGCAGUAGGAACGAGGUGGACCGCACUGCUGCUGACCACCAGACCAUACUGAGAGCCUGGGCUGUCAAGGACUUUGCCCCAAACUGCCCCCUGUAUGUCCAGAUUCUCAAACCAGAGAACAAAUUCCAUGUAAAGUUUGCUGAUCAUGUGGUCUGUGAGGAGGAAUUCAAGUAUGCCAUGCUGGCCCUGAACUGUGUAUGUCCAGCCACAUCCACACUGGUCACGCUCCUGGUGCACACCUCCAGAGGACAGGAGGGCCAGCUGUCACCAGAGCAGUGGCAGAGGACGUAUGGACGUUGCUCUGGGAACGAGGUCUACCACAUCCGCCUGUGCGACAGCAAGUUCUUCGGGGAGUACGACGGGAAGAGUUUCACCUACGCCUCCUUCCACGCACACAAAAAGUAUGGUGUGUGUCUGAUCGGGGUGAAGAGGGAAGACAACAAGAGCAUCCUGCUGAACCCAGGUCCUCGCCACAUCAUGUCCGCCCCAGACACCUGCUACUACAUCAACAUCACCAAGGAAGAGAACUCUGCGUUCAUCUUCAAACAGGAGGAGAAAGACAAGAAGGGCCUGCCGGUGACCGGGCUGUAUGAUGCCCCCUCCAGGCUGCCUGUGCACAGCAUCAUCGCCAGCAUGGUUGAUCAGGCCACUUUUUAUGGGACGGUAGCCAUGGACCUCCAGAACCCAGCGGACCCCCCAGAGGAUUGCAGCAAACUGAGCCUGCCUACAGAGAACGGGGCUGGGAGUAGACGGCCCAGCAUUGCCCCCGUCCUGGAGAUAGCUGACUCCUCCUCCAUUUUGCCCUGCGACCUGCUCAGUGACCAAUCAGAAGACGAGACCAACCACUCAGACGAGGAGGGCUCGUCGGUGUCAGACUUUGUGAAAGGAUACCCGCCAAACUCCCCGUACAUUGGCAGCUCUCCAACCCUGUGCCAUCUCCUACCUCAGAAAGCCUCAUUCUGCUGCCUUCGGCUGGACAAGGGUUGCAGACACAACAGUUUUGAGGAUGCCAAGGCCUAUGGUUUUAAGAACAAGCUGAUCAUAGUAUCCGCGGAGACGGCAGGGAACGGCCUCUAUAACUUCAUCGUCCCUCUACGCGCUUACUACCGCCCCAGGAAAGAGCUCAACCCUAUUGUACUGCUACUAGACUACCCGCCUGACAACCACUUCCUAGAAGCCAUCUGCUGUUUCCCAAUGGUCUACUUCAUGGCCGGAACCAUAGAUAACCUGGACCAUCUGCUACAGUGUGGCAUCAUCUAUGCUGAUAACCUGGUGGUGGUGGACAAGGAGAGCACCAUGAGUGCUGAGGAGGACUAUAUGGCAGAUGCCAAGACUAUCGUCAACGUACAGACCAUGUUCAGGCUGUUCCCCAGUCUCAGUAUCAUCACCGAGCUGACCCACCCCUCCAACAUGAGGUUUAUGCAGUUCAGGGCUAAGGAUUGCUACUCCCUGGCUCUCUCCAAGCUAGAGAAGAUAGAGCGUGAUAAGGGUUCCAACCUGGCCUUCAUGUUCCGCCUGCCGUUCGCUGCAGGCAGAGUGUUCAGUAUCAGUAUGCUGGAUACGCUGCUCUACCAAUCAUUUGUAAAGGACUAUAUGAUUCCCAUAGCAAGACUUUUACUAGGCCUGGACACCACACCAGGGUCUGGUUACCUAUGUGCAAUGAAGGUGACAGAGGAGGACCUGUGGAUCAGGACGUAUGGCAGGUUAUUCCAAAAGCUGUGUUCUUCCAGCGCAGAGAUUCCAAUAGGCAUCUACCGUACAGAGUCACACAUGUUCUCCUCCACAGAGUCUCAAGUAUCCAUCAACGUAGAGAACACUGGUGGUGACGACCAGAGAAGCAAUCGUCGCGCGUCGUGGAAGGAGAAAACAGCUCAGCGGAACUCCACCGCCAGCGACCAAUCAGAACAUCCGUUGCUGAGGAAGAAGAGCCUCCAGUGGGCGCGGCGUCUGAGCCGUAAGAACACCAAGCCACCGAGUCGCACCGAGCGGAUCUCCCAGCAGCGCCUCAACCUGUACCGGCGCUCCGAGAGACAGGAGCUGUCUGAGCUGGUCAAGAACCGCAUGAAGCACCUAGGCUUGCCCACUGUCGGAUACGAGGAUGUUGCUAAUCUUACUGCGAGUGAUGUCAUGAACCGAGUAAAUCUAGGAUAUUUACAAGGGGCAAACACAGAUGAGAUGAACGACCACCAGAACACUCUGUCCUACGUUCUCAUCAACCCCCCUCCAGAUACCAUGCUGGAGCUCAAUGACAUUGUCUACAUCAUCCGGUCCGACCCGCUGGCGGGGCCCGACGUGCCCGAGGAUGCGGCUCAGGGGCAGAGCAGCAGCGGCGGCGGCCGGACGAGGCAGGACUUUGGCACAGAGACCAGGGAUGAGACCCACCUCUGAAAUCCCCUCGCCCCUCCUGGCACCCUCGCCUCACCCCCCCCCCCCCCGGACCUCUCGCCCCCUUGUCUCACCGCCUUUGCACGAUACAUUCUAUUUGUGCCAUACAAGGGGAAGAUCCCCACUGCCCUUGCCCACCCUUUCCUUCCAAUCCCCCUCCACCCUGUAUCAGACAUACAGAGAGACACGUGUCACUGAGCUGCUAUGGGAGGAUGCAUGAAGAGUGCCUCGUCAUUACCUAACCUAACCCCUUAGAGAGCAUCAGACACAAAGACUCAGACAUGACCUUCUUUGCAAAAGAUAAAACAUGAACAAUGCACCAGUCGAUGGAAACAUACUGGUAACCAACCAAAGGAGAGGAGAGACAGAUUAUGUCGGAGGUCAUGUGAUGCUCUGAAUAUUUAGAGGUUUGUUUGAUUUAGCUCGUCGGCAUACUAGGUGGGUGGAGCUUGCUUGCACUUUAGCACCAAUAGAAAGGUGUCAGAAGGGCAAACUCUGCCCAAAUGGCGCACCUGCGAGCUACACCAAGCACACUUGGCAUGUGUGUGUGUGUGUAGACUGUGUGAAUAUCAGUUGCAAAAUCAAGUCAUGUACAGAAAUUGUUAUUCCUUAACAAGAAUUCCUGGCAGUAUUCAUACACAUCAAUCAUGAAAGUACAUGAGAACUUAUUAUUUUCCCUAUGAGCACAACCCACUGGGCCCAGACGUCAAUUCAACAUCUAUCCCACGUUGGUUUAACGUAAUUUCACUGAAAUUAUGUGAAAACAGUGUGUGGGAAGACUUUUUUAUAAGCAAUUUUUUUAAACACUAUCUUUUACUGCUCAUUCUGUAUGACUUUUUUUUCUCGAAUAUCAUGCUAUUUGUUAUUAAAAAGUAUAGAAUACUUAAUGGAUUACGCCAUGCACCUACGUCAUUCUAUUUGUGCCAUAGAGGUUCUGGUUUUUCUUUAUGUAUCAGUCAAUGUUCUACGAAAGCCAAUGCUCAAUCAUUCCACAUUUCUGACAGGAUUUUAUUAAUUACAGUAGAACAAUCUGUCACAGCUGUUUACAGUGGCAACCCUAUGUUAUGAACACUUGUUAUGAGUACUUAUUUUGCACAAUAAGAGACAGGCAUAGUGAAAGUGAACAUUUUGUUAUGUUUUCAGAUAUCAAAAGUAAUCUGAUGUAAAGAUGAGUUGGAGUGAACAAUUACUUGAAGUCUGUUAAUAUGGCCAGUACCUGGGCUUGGAGUGCAGUGUUGCAAGCUGCCUUCCAAUAUGUAAUUUCACUUGUACGUGCAUCACUUGUACAGUAAAUGUAGUAUUGUGUGUGCUUCAUAUAUUUUAAUAAUUAUUCAUCUGUAUUUCUGAUACUGUUUGCUUGGACUAAUGUGUGGUUUUAUCAUUGUAAACCUUUUUUAUCCGCAUUGUUUGGUUCAAUGUUCUUUUGGUCAUUAUUAGUCAAAUGAAAACAAAUGGGACUUGAAAUAUUUUUGCACUAAGCUCUGUGGUCGUUAAUGGAGCGUUAUAGCAUGACCCUUUAACCCGAAACUUUAACUAUACAAUAAAACAGACUUUAGCAUUCGCACAGUAGGAAUCAGUCUCCAUACAGUCAGAAGUGUUUUAUAUAUAUAUAUAUAGUAUAUCAACUUUUAAAGGGCUGUAUUCAAUCCGAUCCGCUUUAGACGACAUCUGCACAGCGGUUGUUUUUCAGUGUCAGAAGUGGAACUGUGUGUUAAGGCUGUCAAAUCCACCAAGCAGCUCCUGGCAUUAUACCUAAAGAGGACAUUGCCAUUGGCUGUUCCCAAUUUAGCGGCGACGGCGUUCACGGUGAACACUGCAUAUGGCGGCUCAAUCGGAAAUUACCUUUACAUUUCUAUCGCAGAGUCUGUAACGCGUCAGCUGUAAAGAUUGAAUAGAGCCCUAGGCCUUUGUUCAGUACAUUUGCAAAGUUUUAAAUGAUCAUUGUCAUUGUAAACAGAAAUAUAUUUUGAUAUGUGCCAUUUUAGUAGUUCUGAACAUGCAUUGCCUGAUUGCAUGAAUGAGAUUAAGUUGAUGGAAAGGUUAGACAGGAAAAAAAGUGGGUAAAGUCAGGCUUUUAAAUUUUUUUGCAGUUUGAAGAUCUCUGGAGUAGCCCUUGAUGUGUUUUGGGAUGUAAUGUAAUGUGUCUCCAUUCCCAUUGAAGUACUGUAUGUAUGUGUAGAUAAAAUAUGUUCCAUACUAGCCAGGCCCCCAGAAGGGCAGUUUACAGAUCAUCACCUCGUGUCCUCCCACCUCAUCGUUGUAUGUGAACGGAACCCCAAGGAAAUUCUCUUAUUGGAGAAGUUGAAUAAAAAAUUAAUUUUGAAGUUCUUACUGUAAUAUAGAAAGGGGCAUGCAAACACAAAAAGCAUGUUUUGAGAGAAAGCUUGCCAAACCAGAUAUGUUUUCCUACAGUUAGGUGACCUGUGUGAAGUAUCACAACUAGAAAAUUAAUCAUAUAUCCCGCUUGUUAUUUGUCAGCAUGUCAUUUGAUAUCUUUAUAUGGGACCAUGCAUGUCCUCCAGACAAAAUCGUGUGUUUACCUUUAUCACAUUUUUAGUUAAUUGUCAAAAAAGGUUUGAUCCAUUUUGUACUUUUUCUUAUUCCGAAGUAGGUCUACUUCUCUACCGUGAUGUAAAAUAUGAACAAUAAAUGCUGCAUGCAGCCGGAAACAUUGAAA